CAAGACCACUCAGCGUCUACGUCAUCAGAUCGCGUCGGUAAACUGUAACGUGCGUCGCGUGUCUGGCCCAAAGGAGCAAAAGUGAUAAUUUAACAAAUAUUAAAUAACAAUUGAUUAAAUCUUAAGCAAGAGACAGUAUUUGAGACAGUAUGGAUGACGAAGAGGAAACAUACAGGCUAUGGAAGAUUCGUAAAACCAUCAUGCAGCUGUGCCAUGACCGAGGCUACCUGGUGACACAGGACGAGUUGGACCAGACACUGGACGAGUUCAAGAGUCAGUUUGGAGACAAGCCCAGCGAGGGUCGCCCCAGACGCACAGACCUCACUGUGCUGGUGGCACACAACGAUGACCCCACCGACCAGAUGUUUAUUUUCUUUCCUGAGGAGCCCAAGGUGGGAAUCAAGACGAUUAAGAUGUACUGUCAGAGGAUGCAGGAGGAGAACAUCACACGAGCCAUCAUUGUUGUUCAGAUGGGCAUGACACCAUCGGCCAAACAGUCUCUAGUGGACAUGGCACCCAAAUACAUAUUGGAACAGUUUCUACAACAGGAGCUGCUGAUUAACAUCACGGAGCAUGAGCUUGUUCCAGAGCACAUUGUUAUGACGAAAGAGGAAGUGAGUGAACUUCUGGCAAGAUACAAAUUAAAGGAAAGUCAGUUGCCGAGGAUCCAGGCUGGGGACCCAGUGGCUCGCUACUUUGGCUUGAAGAGAGGACAGGUAGUAAAGAUCAUCAGAUCUAGUGAAACAGCUGGGCGGUACAUCACAUACAGACUGGUGCAGUGACAGAAAGCUAGUCGUAUGGAUCAACAUUUUGGAGGACCAUUGAAGGAAAGUGACGAUGUUACAUCUUUAAUUUCUCAUCCAUGGAUGAUCCUUCUGCUUUUCAUUUGUUUAAAUUGUAGUUUUUCCUUGUAAUUACCGAUUUUGUAAAAUAAAGUAUUCCAAAAAGAUUCAAA